CAAUUGUUUUACUUGAUUUGAUCAAUUGACUGAAGUUAUGGAUCUCUACCUUUGCUUUAUCUGCUUCCUCGUUUCUUCUUUCGCCCUCGUCGCGUUUUUCUUACUGACAUGUGCAGGCAAAAGAGGUGGCAUGAACAUGAUGAUGACCCUGCCAAGCCUCAGACAGAUGCGUGGAUCUCUAGUGCGUUUGAAAAGUUGGAAACCGAGUGAAGACCAAAGGAAUGAAAAAGUACCUCAAUCAAACUUUGAAGCUGAAAUGAAGAGAAGGGAAUAAGAUUAACGACAUAUACCAUAUCCUUCGCACUUUGCUUCCCAACAAUACUGGGAUGGACAGAGCUUCCGUCAUCGGGGACACAAUUGCAUACGUGUCGAAGUUGCAGAGGCAAGUAAAAGAACUUCAAAAAGAGCUUGAAUGUAACUCAAAUGGUGGAGGAAAGGAAACUAGUUAUAUUUGUGGAAACAAUGGCAAUUUACAAUCAGAGUUUCUCCGUCAAAUUGAAACUAUCAUUGCAAACACACCAGAAAAUGAAAAGAUGGAGCCACAAGUGGAAGUAACUGAGUUGGAUGUUAAUGAAUUCUCUGUGACUGUAUUAUGUGAGCACAAGCCAGGAGGGUUUGUAAGACUGAUGGAGGCAUUGGAUACUUUAGGCUUGGAAGUAACCUAUGCAAAUGCGACUAGCUUCAAAACCCUGAUCUUUAAUGUCUUUAAAGUACAGAAAAAUGACAGUACCAGUAAAAUAGUUCAAGCUGAUCAUGUUAAGGACUCUUUGCUGGAGAUAACUCAGAAACUGUCAAUGGAAUCCAUCAUAAGGGUGGCCUGAGAAUCUGAGAUGAUGGCUAAAGCAUUAUAUAUAUGGAAUGGC